CUCUAUAGAUCCAUUGAAUUCACUCCAUUUGCUUUGAUCUUAUUUACCUUUUUUUAGACGGAGUGGUUUUGUGUAUUUAGUCUGAUGGUUUCAUGGAAAUUUUGUGGGCAAUUGUUCAAUAUGGUGUUGUGUGGUUUGAUCUAUCUGCAAUAUCCAUUGAUUUCGCUUUUCUCGAAGAAAAAGUAAUUCUUUGCAUUUUCACUUAUUUGUAGUGGUUUAGUAGCUCGGCUGUUAUGCUUGAAAUUGUUCAGUUCAGUUUGGUUUGUUAUGGACUGGUCUUAUGUUUUCUAGAGACUGGUUAAGUUCAUCAGCUCAAACUUUAAAGUAGUUUUUGGCUACCAAAUUCUGCUUUAAGUGUUCAGUAUAAUGUGUGUUGGACUGGUUUGGAAUUUAAUUUUUAUUGAAAUUCAAAGUUUUUUCAUUUGCUACACAUUUUAAAGCAGGGGACAAGUCUAGUGCUUACUACUACUCACCUUGCGUUUCACUGAAUUCUACUUGAAACAUAUGAGUUAUGAUGUGGUUGGAUUAAUCAUGGUUCCGGGGUGAUGCAUAUUAACUUUUCAUCAGUUGGACAGUCAAACAACUGGGAAGUGACAACAUGCAAUUUGGCAGAGGAUGCCCUUAAGAUGCUUCGGGAGAGAAAAGAUGGAUUUGAUAUUGUCAUAAGCGAUGUCAACAUGCCCGACAUGGAUGGAUUUAAGCUCCUUGAACUCGUAGGACUUGAGAUGGAUCUUCCUGUCCUCAUGAUGUCCGUAGAUGAUGAAAAAAGUAGAGUAAUGAAAGGAGUCAAACAUGGGGCAUGCGAUUACCUGUUAAAACCUGUAAGGAUGAAAGAGCUUAGGAAUAUAUGGCAGCAUGUUUACAGGAAAAAAUUGUUGGAGACAAAGGACAUGGAUUUUAAUGAGGAUUUCCAGAGGUUGAGGAAAGGAUCAGAUGACUCUGAUGAAGGGAGUUUAUUCUAUGGUGGGGACCUCAAAUUAUCAAAGAAAAGGAAGGAUGCAAAAGAUGAAGAUGGGGAUGACAAAGAUACAAAUGAUCCAGCAUCAGUAAAGAAGCCUAGAGUAAAUUGGACAGUAGAUCUUCAUGAACAGUUUGUGGAUGCUGUUCAUCAAAUAGGGAUAGAUAAAGUGGGUCCCAAGAAAAUACUUGAUCUCAUGCAUGUUCCUGGUCUAACAAGGGAGAAUGUAGCUAGCCAUCUACAGAAAUACAGACUCUACCUAGCCAGGCUGCAAAGGCAACCUGAAGGAACGAUGCCACCCAAUUCCAAUUCAAGGGAACCUCCAGAAAGUCAAGGAUCAAAUUCAACUUUUUCAGGAUCGUCUGAUGAGACAAUCCUUCCCCAAAAUGCCCUUUCAGAGAUUCAUGAUGAGUUUACUAGCUUGCAUAAAACAGUUACCAAAAGAGCUUUGGCUCUUAGUAAAUUGGAUCUCCUUGAUGUUCAGAAGCAGGACCCAGUAUGUCAUGAAGGGCUCCAAUUUAUUUCCUUUGGCAACACAGUUUAUUGUGAGGAUUAUACUUCAUCCACCUUCCCAUGGCAGCAGCAUGCUAAUGAAGAAUUACCCACCCUGCAAAUUAAGCAACAGCAUGCUAAUGAAAAAAUACCCGCCAUGCAUAUCAAUCAACAGUCAUGUGUUGGAGACUGCACGAAUUUGGAGGUUCCCUUUCAGCAACCCGACAUUCAAAUCCAACUCAAUCACCCCCUAUCGUCUGGUCAUCCAUAUUCUUCAGAUUUUAUUGAAAGAACUAGAAUGACUAACAAAGGCACCUUUGAUCUCCUAAAUCAAACCAAACAGCCAAUUACUGAUUGCAAACUCGACCAUGUAUCUCCUUUAGGAUCUUCAGCUGAUUCAAUGAUCACAUUUUGUCUUGAACGAAACUACCCAAGCACUAAGACUUAUGAGCUCGAAAGCUAUUGGGAUUUCCCACAUAUAAACAUAAAUUUGCAAGGGGGUUCAACUGUGGCUUCCUCUAUGGCAUCUCAGUUUGAGGAACUACACUUGCGUUCUGUUCAAAGUCAUGGCCAUGUCAAAGAUUUUGUUCCCAAUGGAAUGGAAAUGAUUCAUCUUAAUGAUUCGAUAUCUGCUGCUGAAAUUCCAAGCUUCUUUUAUGAGGAAACAAGCAUUAGCUCUGAUGACCUCUUUAACUUAAUGGAUGAUAGCCUGCUAACUGAGGGGAUGUCUAAUCUGUCCCAUCAACUAAUCUCCUCUUCGAUCAGUUCCCCUAUGCUACGUGACACAUGGAGUACCCCUAUAAAUUGGGUGGAGAUGUGAAUCAGCUUACUAUAUUCUUCUACCAAGUGAAUAUAUGCUCGGUUUGAAGUUUACAAUACAUAAUUCCAUCUUGAAUGCGAAAGUAUUUCUUAAGAAAGAAAUCAUGUAUGUCAUGUGAUGACAUCAUGUACUCCGAGUUAAGAGUUCUUGUAUAAUAAGCUAUUUUGCCUGGGUGUACUUGAAAUACCAUACUGAGCGAUGAAUUAUGUAUCUUUGUGUCUUACUCCAUGGGCACCUCGGAUAUGAAAAAAAAAAAUAGGCACUGUUGUCAUCUCUUGUAGUAUAA